CGCGGCAUUCGGAUGGAACAUUCUAACGCUGUUAGGUGGAGCGGCAGGUGAGGCACCGGAACGUUGUCAGUUCGUGUUGUGACCGUCAAACGAUCACCCGGAGACGCUCACGCCUCGCGUGGUUUCGGUAGUCAUUCGCCACGAUGGAGCGCGGACAGUCGUACUUCCUGAGUGCAGGUGUAACCGCCAGUGAGUUGGCCAAUCAGCUGGACGAUAUCGCACGGCAAGAGCUGCGUGAGGAGGAGCGGUUGCGGGAGCAAUCGCUGGAGCGGAUGCGCGAGUGGAUCCGUCAGAAUGGCCGGAUACGUCGGUGCCGUACCGAUGAUCGGUUUCUGUUGCGGUUUUUGCGCGUCCGUAAGUUCUCCGUUCCCGGGGCCUGCGAAAUGCUGGAGCGCUACCUGAAGAUGCGCCAAACGUAUCCCCGUUGGUUUGCCCGGCUAGAUCCGGACGAUAGUGAUCUGGCGGCCGUACUGGAUGAUUGCUGUCUGUUGCCGAUCGGUCGUGAUCCGGCUACCGGGCGUAUCGUGGUGUUUGGUGUCGUGCGGAACUUCAACGCAGGUCGUUUCAAUUCCGACAUGAUGAUCCGGUUGAACAUGCUCGUGGCGGAAGCGCUGCUCGAGGAGGAGGCGAACCAGAUCGCCGGCUUUACGCACAUUUUCGAUAAUGGCGGGAUGACGAUGGCACACGUUACCUGCUGGACGCUCGACAAUCUGGCCGGAUACCUGCGCAGCGUCAUCAACUGUGUGCCGGUGCGGUUGAAAGAGAACCACUUCGUGAGCGUGCCCACGUUCGCGGCCCAAAUCAGCAAAUACUGUCUCUCGUUUGCCAGCGAUAAGCUACGGUCCCGCAUACACUGUCACACGACGGUGGAGGAGCUGAGGGCUAAGGUUGCGCCGGACUUGCUGCCACUCGAUUACGGUGGCAAGGGCCAAUCGUUGAAGGAACUGAAUGGGCGAUUCCGAGAGUAUCUGUCCAGCAAGCGGAAGGCCCUGCUCGAGCUGGAUGAUAUGGAGAUCGACAUGAAGGACCCUAGAGAGCCGGCCGGCCACGAGGAUACGGCCGGUGGUGAGCUGGUGGCCGAAGGGGCGAUCGGGAGCUUUCGUCAACUUUCAAUCGACUGAUCGAACUGGUGUUGCAGGCUUAGGCUAAGAGUGUUAUUAUUCUGGUGUUGACUGGUGCUUUGGUAUUGCGCUCGCUGGGGCGAUGCUCGGCUUAGUUGUUUUUUUUUUGUUCAGCAUUAUCUUAUCUUCCUCUCGGGGCGCCAAGAUCUGACUGGCGGAAUUCGUGUACAAAAAGCUGCGAAUAACCGAUCGACCGAAACGAAGAUGAAGUUUUCUUCAACCAAAUGAAGGAAACAGGGGGAACAGGUUUUGCGAAUAGAACACGUUGUUCGUCAUGACGAAUCGUUGAAAUGACGAAUGACGCAGUACUACAUGAAUCGCGAAUGUUGAAAGACAAACCAGGAAGCAAAUACGCGCACGGUCAAAACAGGGAACCUUUACGAUGGUAGGGUGACUUAGGAGGACGAGUUAAUGUACGAAAGGCUUGUCUUUUCAGUGAUUCUAUAUGCUAUACUAUGCUUUGUUACCAGAAUGUUAUGAGUUUCAUAAGCGUCAUAUAAUAAAUCAAACUAUUUAUA